AGCCAGCUGUAUUGCUCAUCCUUGCUUGACAUCUAUGGACAAGUAUAUGAUUCAUCUGACUCUUAAGAAUUUAACAAACAUUCCUGUGGGUUUUUUCAUGUAACGACAGCUUCAAAAGGUUUGUGUUUCUGCAACAGUGCUCGAGUGUUCCGAUAUUUGAUAUUAAUAGUUAGAAAAACAACUUUUCAAAUGUUUGAUUUAAAAUUGAAGGAUUACAACGGAAAGUAUUAUUUAUGAGGCAUAUGAAAGUAAGUGAUUGAUAUAAAUCAAAAUAGAAAUAUUCCUUGCUGAGGAUGAAGCCAAUAUUACACGGGUAUCUUUGACAGCAAAGGGUUAAUAGUGUUUCAAAGCUAUCACUUUGUAUAACAAGUGACGGAAACGCAACUAGGUUGGAAAGUCGUAACAUUGUACUAAUUGAUAUCAUUAGUCCCUUUUUCAAAACUGAAUUCUAAAGUAAACACAAUCUGGUAAAGAUGCAUAAGCAAAACUAUACAUAAUGACACAAGACAAGACAAUUAAGAAACCGGAACUGAAACGUGCGGCUUCGGAAAUAAGUGGUUUUAUGAGCGUUCGAGGUCAGCCACACUCGGGCAGCGUCUCAAAGGAAUCGGAAGAUUAUCAGUAUGUAUCUUCGAAAGAUUUGUCUUCGGUUAUGAGAAGAUGGGAUAUAGAGACACCUAUAGACGAUACCUUGUAUGAAUCACGAUGUGAAUCAUCUCCAAUAACUGACAUGUGUACAAUCUGUGCAUCAAAGGGAAUGGUUGAAAAAGCAACACAUAUAUGUCGAGACUGCAGCCAAUAUGGCAGAUACUUUUGCCAAAGUUGCUGGGAUUAUCACAAUAAGUUCUUACCCACUCAUGAUACACUGUCACUUUCCGUUAGCCGCGAUAGUAACCCAGGCGCGUCAGUCAAAUCAUUAACGUCAGCCUCAAAUAGUGACGAUGACAUAAAAAUGUGGCUGAAUGAACUGAAACAGCAAAUUGAGAAAGAUGAAUACAAUGCAAGGGCAUUUGAGAAAAAACCUAAUGGAAAUGUCGAGUCAGAACAUAUUUCUGUCAUUUUAAAGGACAUUUGCAAAAUCAUCCAAAAGAAAAGUAUAUCUCAAAGGGACUUGCUUAUCAAAGUAGAAACAUUAUAUUCGAAGUUACAUAAAGCUUGCGACGAUUUUCCAGCAGAUUCAUCAGAGACUUCGACACCCUUCGCAGUGCAGGGAGCUGCUGCACGCAAACAAGAAUCUCUGGAAGAAAGACAAUUAUCAACUGCUAUUGUUAAUGCAGAAAAGUAA